ACAUACAAAGAGUAUCCUGUUGGGCCAACACAAAAGUAAAUUUGAUUGUGCUUUAAAGGAAGCAUGAUAGGACCAGAACUGCUUCUGAGAUGUAUUAAUAACUUGUUGGAUUAUUUCAUUUCUACCUUUAUACUUUUUCCAGACUACAGAAAGCAUUUUUUUAUGUAUGCCUUAUCAUGUGCAUGUCUUGUACAACGAUUUAGAGAGAGAUAUAAACAAAUAAAUCUAUGAUUAACGUUAUCCGAGAACACGCUACGGAUAAUAGGCAGAAAUGAGAAAGAUUUUUGGUAGAUGUAGCUAACUGUGAACUCAGUGACAUUUUUCGAAAGCCUUUUGUGCUAACAGAUGACUUCAGAAUGAACGAGUUACAAUUGGAGACAGUCUUUCGUGACAUUGCCCGAAAGGAGCGAUGCGUACCAAAUACUUACGGACGUUCAUGAGAAUUACAAAUUGUGUACGAAGAAGAUUGCUCACGUAUCACUUUAACUGCAAUAUUGCAAUAAUGUUGUUGUAUGAUGGAUCUACGUCAUGUUAUCACUUCAUUUCUUAUAGAAAUGUAUACAGAAGUAAACAAUCUGAAAAUUAUUAACGUAAUAGAAGGAAACGGUUUUUAAAUGAAUAAUCCACGGAUGUCCUACACUCGACUUAUUUCUCGUUUCGGGAAUGCACGCAGAACUAAUAAUUUACAGUGACUUGCACAUUUACACAUAAAAGCUGGAUAAAAAUUAUUAGACUUGUAAAUAAAAAAAAAGUGCUUCUUUCCAUACGUAUCAGUUUUAUAAGUGGCUUACAGUAUUCUUCGAAGACCUGUAUGAAGCAUGGUGUGGUGUUGUUCACUAUUAUAACUAACAGUUACAAAACAUUCGAAGAGCUACGACCCCAAAAAAUUCAUUUAAUUUACCUGGAAGAGAUUGUCGGGAAGUAUGCCUACUGUACUUAUCUUUGGAUUCGGCGCCGUAGUUAUGCCGGAACAAAUGUCACUUCAAAUGUCUCCUGUGUAUGUGGGGCGGCAUGGCUUUUGUUGUAGUUAGAACUUCCCUGGCCUGACUUGUCGUGUGAUCGUAGUUUGUUGGAACGAAUUUGAAGUGGACGCGUCAGUACUUGCUGUGAGUGAUAUCAGUCAAAGGUCAAGUGCAUGAAGAAACGUAAGUGUCUCGGAGCUUGUGAGCUGUGUGACAGUCGUAUACAUUGUUGUUGCUAAAAUUAUUACAGCAUGGUUCAAAUAGAUCAGCAGAUAGCUAGUCUGCGAGCGAGGUUCCUACAGAAGCUAGAGAGCGAAGGAGCACCUGAUCCAGAUGGAUUCCAUGCUGCAGAUAUUUCUCGUGUGAAGAAUUCAGAUGAUUGGCUCAGGCGGUUCAUUGUACACAAUGAUAAUAAUGAAAAUGCUGCUUUUGACAUGUUGUGGGACACUUGUGACUGGAGAAAGAAGUAUGGGACUAAUGAUAUUGCUGACAUUGUUAAAAGAGACUACCUGGAAUGUGGGUUUGUAUACACUCAUGGAACAGAUGUUGAUGGAAGAUCCCUUCUAAUCUUCAACUGCAAGAAACAUGUUAAGGGCCAGGGAGACAAUGAAGAAUUAAAAAAAUGUGUUGUCUAUUGGAUGGAAAGGCUCCAGAGGCUUGAUAAAGGAAAACCUAUAAGUGUGUUUUUCGAUAUGACCGAGACAGGUUUAUCGAACUUGGAUAUGGAUCUUGUAAAGUACAUUAUCAUGCUCUUUAAAUCUUACUACCCAGAAUUCCUCAAUUACAUCAUUGUAUUUGAAAUGCCAUGGAUUUUAAAUGCUGCUUUUAAGAUAAUCAAAUCUUGGCUGCCAGCAAAAGCAGUUCAAAGUAUGAAAACGGUAAACAAAGCAUCAUUGAAGGAUGUGGUUCCACAAGAAUGUACCCUGAAAGCUUGGGGUGGCAUAGAUGAUUAUGAAUUUGUCUUUGUACCUGAGCAAAGGUCUCAACCACAUGAGAAGACAGAUGAAAAUAAAAAGAAGGUGCAUUUUGCUGAUGGUUCCCCCACAAAUGAAACGUUUUUAAGUGUUGGGGAUACACAGCAGAGGGCAGACACUGCAAUAAGUUCUGCCCUUGUAAUAUCACCAGCAGAUACCAUAAAUUUUGCUUUUGAUGGAACAGAAUUGACAGGAAGUAUAACUUUAAUGAAUACUGACGAAGGAAUUAUAUCAUAUAAGGUAAAAACUACAUCACCUGAAAAGUUCAGAGUACGACCAAGUACUGGUACUUUGAUGCCUUCUGCUUCUGUGUCCAUCAGUAUCACAUUACAACCUGGUUACCAAGCACAAGGAUUGUCAAGAGAGAAAUUUCUUAUUAUGAGUCUGCCGGUUGAGUCUGGUAACAUGAGUCCAACAGAAUUGGCUGAUCUGUGGAGGCAAGCUGCAGGAAAACCAGUGUGUCAGCACAGAUUAAAAUGCCACAUUCCAUCUUCAAGCGACUCCUCUGCUCGGAAUGGCUCUGCACUUACAUCAAAUACAAUGGAUAUUGAUCAGCAAGUAAAACAAUUCUCAUCAAGUGUAUCUCAUCUGAGUGAGAGCCAGUUAAAGCUGUAUGCCGAGGUUAAGUUCCUGAAAAAAUUAAAUAUUCUGUUGGUAAUUAUGGUGUUAUUUUUUGGAACACUUAUCACAUACCUUCUAACCCUUGAAAAACAACAUGGUGGUCAGCACUGUUACAAACAGUAGAGUCUAAAAGUGUAAGGGUAAGUGUGUGUGUGUGUGUGUGUGUGUGUGUGUGUGUGUGU